GUUUGAUUCCCACAUCAAAAUACGUCCUGUAUCCUCCUCUGUGCGCCGACACAUUACGAUUGCUGCACAUAAAGUGGAGUGGGAGGGCGAAAUAUUAGCUACGAGUAGACUACUACAUCGUGAUUUCAUUUCCUAAAUUGAUAUUCUCAAAUGAAAAGAGGAGGCACUUUCUGUUUCACCAGAUUUUCGCUUGUUUUGUAAUCAAAAGAAGUGGCCGAAAAGCCCUUUGCACCCUGCGGCUCUUGAGGACUUUAUUCACAAUCACAAGAUUUCAAGCACUCCAAAGUAAGCGCGUUUUCGAACAGAAAGAGGUGGAUUUAUGUUACAGGCUGUUGGAGCCUCUCCCUCUGGAUGUAGUGAGUGUCGGUGGCUAUGUUGAGACGAUGGGCGCAGCAGCCUGGAGGAUGGCUAAAGGUGGGGGAGCGGGAGGCUGGUUGUGUGCCCUGCUCUGUGCCUGGCUGUGGGGUGCGUCGCGCGCCCUGUGCCCCGAGGGCUGCCAGUGUGCCUGGGAGAGCCGCACCGUGCUGUGCGUGGACGCGGGGCUCCGCGAGGUGCCCGAGGACCUGCCCGCCGACACCGUCUCGCUGCACCUGGAGCGCAACCUCAUCCGCCGGCUGCCCGAGCACGCCUUCAGCGAGCUGCUGCACCUGCAGGACCUGCACCUGUCGCACAACCGCAUCGACAGCCUGGCGUCGGGCGCGCUCCGUCACCUGAGCCCCGAGCUGCGGCUGCUCGACCUCUCGCACAACCAGCUGCGGCAGGCCACGCGCGAGGAGUUCGGCGCCACGCGCGCCAAGACGCGCCUCUACCACAACCCGUGGCACUGCGACUGCGCCCUGCAGGAGCUCAUGCAGACGCUCAACCUGGAGCCCGAGACGGUCAACGGCAUCGUGUGCGAGAGCUCGGCUAGGAGCGCCGUGGGCGAGGGCAGCCGCUGGGAGGAGCCGGCCGCCGGCAGCGGCGCCGGCCACCCGCUGGUCAAGCUGCUGGACAUGGGCGUCAACUUCUGCAGCAUGCAGCGCAAGACCACCGACGUGGCCAUGCUGGUCACCAUGUUCGUGUGGUUCUUCAUGGUCAUCGUGUACGUGGUGUACUACGUGCGGCAGAACCAGGCCGAGGCCCGCCGACACCUGGAGUACCUGAAGAGCCUGCCCAGUCCGAAGAAGGCCCCCACGGAAACAGACACGCUCAGUACAGGCUUCUGAGACACACACGGUCUGUGUGUGUGUGUGUGUGUGUGUGUGUGGAACUCAUUGUUUAUGCCUGGAGGUCUGCCUUGGGGUGGAGAGGCAUUAUGUAGCAUAUACACAACCACGGGGGAAAACUUGAAAACAGGAUUAAACUUUUAUGUUUUGUGGUAUUGGAAAAUAUGGAAACCCGAGAGUCAUUCCGAAGGGCUCACUCUACCAUGUCAUUAAAAGUUGGACUUGACAGAGAUUUGUAGCUACUGAUACUUAGUUACUGUCGGUUGAUAAGCAACUGGUUUGUUUACAAUUGUUUUUGUAGAUAUUCUGUCUUAUUGCAUUGAAUGUUGGUUAUUUUCAAGCUUUAUUAAGGGUAAUCUUUCAAAUAACCAGCAAAGACGAUCAAUAUGUAUGAAAUGCUGAUCAAGCAGCAAUGAAAAGGGAACACUUCCAUUUUAAUGACCUGAUGGCCAUAAAUGCUGAUUUGAGGUGCUCAUUUUCCCCAAAUGAUAAUGGAACAAUCCACUCACAGCUACAGGCUGGGAAAUCACAUCCAGGUUAGGCUGAUUAUGCUGUGGAGCUAUUUUUGUCCUUGAAUGUGUGGUGCAGAUGAAAUAGCCGCCUCGUUGGUCAUCGUCUGUUGGGAUCAUCUGUGUGUGCCAUCGGGAGUGAAUACUUUUGAAGCAGGCACCUUACAAAAUUGUACUGUCUUGGGGGUAAGAGAAAUUAGUGCCCAAUUUAGAACAAAUUUAAUAAUUGAGCUCCAUAGUUAUAAAUUAAAUUGAUUUAUUUGUUCAUUUCUGUGCGAUCUCUGUACACCCCCACUGGAGCUGUUAUAUAGAUCAUUCCAAACCAUCUUUCAACAACCUUGCAUUUCUGGUGUGUGCUGAAUAAAAUAAUAUGAUGUUUGAGAUUUGCAGGUUCUAGAAUCCACUAGACCACUCACCACCUACCAUCAACCUUGACUGUCUUGUUAUUUGUGAUUUUGUCAGCCCUCACUAUAAUCACAUCUGAAAUGUGUUGCAUACAAGGCAAGUCCUCUUUUGCUAUAAUUAUGGAUCUGUGACUCAAGGCUCUGGCGUCUGGGUUUAUAAAGAAACAGACCUUGACUAACCAUAGUCAGUGCCGUCAAAGUGUGUCGCCCUCCUUACUGAUACAUCAGCAACUCGGCCAGUAUUUUAUACUGAUUCCAGUUACUUUUAAAGACGCGGGUAAAUCAAAAGGGGAGAAUAAAAGCUAGCCUUGAUUUCUCACAGGCACUCAAAGUUCAAGUUCAAGGUCAGAGCCAUUUGGUGUUGUGUGUCAUUGUGCUUUGUCUACACAGUUGCACUGGCAGUUUCUUGAAUGUUGUUGGUCCUGCAGCUGUGUAAACUGUAUUCUGACUAAAUGUGUAUUGUGUAAUUGUUUGUCUAAAGUUGUCUUUACAUGUUUUUGAUUCAUAGUAAAGAGUUCCAGUUGUGUAUUUUUUAUUUUUCGUACAAGAUGCAUAGUAAAAUUUUCUUGAAAGAA